AGGACUAAAAAAACUGUAUUAAUCUAAUUACUAACUAUUUAGAAUUUAUGUUGAUAAAAAAAGCAUGGGUUUUGUGCUCAGAAUUGUUUACUGUCUGCUUGUUCUCUCUUUUGGGCAGUUCAUGAGACUUAGUAAUGGGCAGAGACCAUAUAGGAACAAGAUUAAAGUUAGUAAUGGAGGGAGUUGGGGCUCAUGGGGACAUCGAGAAAUGUGUCCCUUUGGAACCUAUGCUACAGGCUUCAUUCUCAAAGUUGAAGAAGCAUUAGGACAUGGGGAUGACACAGCUUUAAAUGGCAUUGCCCUUCUCUGCAGCAGACCUGAAUUGGGUACUCUGUCCUACAUUACAGUCCAGUCUGAUGUAGGGAGCUGGGGGACUUGGACACAGAAUAUUUGGUGCAGAGGUGGAGUUUUAAAGUCAUUUCAGCUACUCGUAGAAGGCUGGCAAGGAGUUGGUGAUGAUACUGCUGCCAACAACAUAAGAUUUAGGUGCAGCUCAGAAGAAAUAAUUACUGGCAAUGGCAUGUCCUGGGGAGAAUGGGGUAGAUGGAGCGCUUCGUGUGAUGGGACAGCGAUUUGUGGAAUCCAGACGAGAGUUGAGCCUCCCCAGGAUCCUGGAGACAACACCUCUCUUAAUGAUGUCCAAUUUUAUUGUUGCUACUAAGGUCAUUUAAUUAGGGAUGGAUCAUGAGAAAUACAGUAAAUGUUUUUAAAUAUCUUUGUGAAUUUUUUAAUUUAGGGUAUUUUUCCCCCGCCAUCAUUCA